AUGGGGAAGGAGCAGGAGGAGAAUGGCAACAUAAGUCAGAAAACAAUGGAGGAGCAGGAGGAGAACGGCAAUAGCAGCAGCUGCUGCAGCGUGUUGAUAGAGCUGCCAGUGGGCGAAGCAGCAGCAGCAGCAGGGGCAGGGCCAUUCAAUCUGGAAAAGGCAGUUUGCAGCCAUGGGCUGUUCAUGAUGGCUCCGAAUCAAUGGGACCCAAUCUCCCGCUCCCUCUCUCGCCCCUUACGUCUCCUUGAUCAUCACUCUCCGCCUCUUACAGUCCAGGUCCGCAUCUCCCAGCCCAGUGCUUCCACUCUCCACCUCUGCGUUUAUGGCACACGCUGUCUCUCUCCGCAGCACCGCCACUCGCUUUUGAAUCAGGUGUCAAGAAUGCUGCGGUUGUCGGAGGAGGAGGAGAGCAAGGUUAGGGAGUUUCGAAAGAUUGUCGAAGCAUUACAUGGAGAAGAAGAAGCAGCAGCCGAGUGCUUGAGGAGUUUCAGCGGGAGAGUAUUCAGGUCCCCUACUUUGUUUGAAGAUAUGGUCAAGUGUAUUCUUCUCUGCAACUGCCAGUUUUCAAGGACUUUGAGCAUGGCUAAGGCACUUUGUGAGCUUCAGUUUGAAACUCAACACCCAUUUUCUGAAAGCAAGUUUGCGGAGGCAAAAGCUGAUCAUUCCGAGUCAGAUCUUCAGCCUUCCCAGGAAUUAGAUGAACCCCAUGCCUACAAAGGAAUGGGCAGCUUCCCCAGUCCUGAAGAACUAGCUAAUCUUGAUGAAAGUUUUCUUGCAAAACGCUGCAAUCUUGGCUAUAGAGCAAAUCGAAUAUUAAAACUUGCACAGGGAAUUGUCCAAGGCAGUAUUCAACUAAUGCAACUGGAAGAAGGUUGCAAGGAAAUAAGCUUGUCUAGUUAUAACAAGCUAACUGAACAGCUGCGACAAAUUGAUGGAUUUGGUCCUUUCACAUGUGCUAAUGUGCUCAUGUGCAUGGGAUUUUACCAUGUGAUUCCAGCUGAUUCUGAAACUAUCAGGCAUUUAAAGCAGGUUCAUUCAAAACGUUCUACUAUGAAGACUGUUGGAAGGGAUGUUGAGGUUAUCUAUGCAAAAUAUGCUCCAUUUCAGUUCUUGGCAUAUUGGGCAGAGCUGUGGCACUUCUAUGAGCAAAGGUUUGGGAAACUAAGUGAAAUGCCUUUCUGUGGUUAUAAACUUAUAACUGCUAGUAAUAUGAAGAUGAAAGCAACUAGUAAAAGGACUAAGGUUUCUGACAGAGAGUAACCCUGCAUCAGUUUGAUUAACAACGAGGACAAUAAUUUUAUGCUCAUUCUUCGUUCUUCACUUGCUGAUAUAUUUAUAGGUAUGCUAACACCCAUUUUCUCCUAUAUAAGCAUGUAUUGUACAUGUUCAUGUUUCGAAUGUCAUUCUGAAUCCUAGCACCCUACCAAACUAUGCCUUGUUGUGCAACUGUUUUUAAUGUUUCACAUUGGGGAAUGAUGCCCUUCUCAGUCGUUUUGGUUACUACAAUGUAUAAUCUUCUUGAAAUAAUUCUUCUAUAUCUCUUCUCAUGCUCAUUCCUUGAU